AUGGCGAUGAAAGGCCUGCUCCUAGGCUGUGUCACCGUGACCGUGUUGCUCCAGCUCUCCAGCGCUGGCCUGGUCAAGAAGAUAAUCCGCCACCGCAGAGAGACCCUGAGAGACCCGUCUGAGAACGUGACCCUGCCCCACCCCGACCAGCCGGUGGUCUUCAACCACGUCUACAACAUCAAUGUCCCCUCCAGCUCCCUGUGUUCCGUAGACGUGGAGAGCCCCGGAGGAACCGAUGUCAAGCCCAAAGGAAGUCCAGUCCAGUCGGACAUGCAGACCACAGAGCACCUGGAGCACACGGUGGACGGGGAGAACCAGAUCGUGUUCACCCACCGCAUCAACAUUCCCAAGCAGGCGUGCGGCUGUGACAACCACAUGCCCGACAUGAAGGACAUCCUGAGCAGGUUGGAGAUGCUGGAGUCUGAGCUGUCCAGCCUCAGAGAACAGUGUGGCAGUGGAAGUGGCUGCUGUGGAGCUCAGAUUACAGGUACAGUAUGGUACAGUUGCCCUACAGACACUUUAGGGCAGUGUUUCCCAAUCCUGGUCCUGACACACCUUAUUCAAUGAAAGGUUUGAUAAUGAGUUUAUUAGUUGAAUAACGUGUGUUAGUGCUAUGACAAAAACAAAAGGACCAGGAUUUGGAAAUACUGCUCUCUGGGCAGUUAGUUGUAGUUUCGACUUAGAUAACAUUUUUAGAUUGGUCUUAAUUCUUCUAUAGUUCAGUGACCCCUAUUCAGACUUGUCUUUGUCUUUUUGAAUAAUAUUUGUGAUAUAACUUUUAGUAUUAUAAUCACCAAAAUUGAUUUAUGUGUUGCUCCCUCCAUGUUUCCGCAGGUGAGGUGGCCAUCAAGCCUUAUUGUAACGGCCGUGGUAACUUCAGCACUGAGACCUGCAGCUGUGUGUGUGAGCCCGGCUGGAAGGGACCCAACUGCACCGAGCCUGAGUGCCCCAACUUCUGCCAGGACCAGGGGCGCUGCAUCGACGGCAAGUGUAUCUGCUUCGAGGGCUUCGAUGGAAAUGACUGCAGCAUAGAGCUGUGUCAGGUGGACUGUGGGGUCAACGGGGAGUGCAUCGACGCCAUGUGUAUCUGUGAGGAAGGCUUCACAGGGAAUGACUGCACCCAUACCAACUGCCUGAACAACUGCCUUGGGCGUGGCCGCUGCGUGGACGAUGAGUGUGUGUGUGACGAGCCAUGGACGGGCUACGACUGCUCCGAGCUCAUCUGCCCCAACGACUGCUACGACCGCGGUCGCUGCGUCAACGGAACCUGCUUCUGCGAGGAGGGCUUUACCGGAGAGGACUGUGGGGAGCUCACCUGCCCCAGCAACUGUAACAACCGCGGGAUGUGCGUCAACGGCCAGUGUGUGUGUCACUCCGGCUACAGCGGGGAAGACUGCUCCAAGCUCACCUGCCCCAAUGAUUGUACUGAGAGAGGCCACUGUUUCAACGGGAGGUGCAUAUGCGACCCAGGCUUUGAGGGAGUGGACUGUUCCAUCUUGUCCUGCCCAGACAACUGCAGCGACAGAGGCCAGUGUGUCAACGGAGACUGUGUCUGCAAUGUAGGAUUCGAGGGCGACGACUGCUCUGAAAUCUCCUGCCCCAUGAAGUGUCUGAACCAAGGGAGCUGUUUGAACGGACAGUGUGUGUGCAGUAAAGGCUUCGCCGGGGAUGAUUGCAGCAUUAAGACCUGCCCCAAAGACUGCCUGGGACACGGCGAGUGUGUUGACGGCAAGUGUGUGUGCUUUGUGGGCUUCACAGGCAAAGACUGCAGUGAGCUGACUUGUCCCAACAACUGUCUGAACCGUGGCCGCUGUGUCAAUGGCCAGUGUGUGUGCAACCAAGGCUUUGCUGGUGAGGACUGCAAUGAGAAGACGUGUCCCAAUAACUGCCUGGAGAGGGGUUACUGCGUGGACGGGAAGUGUGUGUGCUUCGAGGGAUUCCAGGGCCUGGAAUGUUCUGUGCUGACCUGUCCAGGAGACUGUGAGGACCAGGGGAAAUGCAUGAACGGAGUGUGUCUGUGUAACGAAGGCUUCAUCGGAGAGGACUGCUCUGAGGGUAAGAGCCAAAGGAUGUGUCCACCCUAUUCCCUUUAUAGUGCACUAUAUUUGACUAGGGCCAAUGCGGCUCUGGUCAAAAGUGGUGCACUAUAUAGGAGCCAGCCAGCCAGCCAGCCAGCCAGCCAGCCGAUGUGUCCACCCUAUGUGUCCACCCUAUGUGUCCACCCUAUUCCAGCAGCCAGACAGACAGACAGACAGAUAGAUCCUUUGGUUGAUGGGAGUAUUGUUUGAUGUGAUGUCAUUUGUUUAUGUUGGCUGAUAUUUUUGUGGAACAUUUCCACAUGAUGACAUUCAUUGAAAUGCUAAUGUGUCUGGCAUCACAACAAAUGCUUUAAAUGAAUAACGUUGUAGUUUAAUGUGGUUGUCGAAUGAUGACAUACACUAUCGGUCUAAAGUUUUAGAACACCUACUCAUUCAAGGGUUUUUCUUUACUUUUAAUAUUUUCUACAUUGUAGAAUAAUGGUGAAGAAAUCUAAACUAUGAAAACACAUAUGGAAUCAUGUAGUAACCAAACCAAAAAGUGUUAAACAAAUCUAAAUCCAAACACAUUUUAUAUUUGAGAUUCUUUGAAUAGCCACCCUUUGCCUGAUGACAGCUUUGCACACUCUUGGCAUUCUCUCCACCAGCUUCACCUGGAAUGCUUUUCCAACAGUCUUGAAGGAGUUCCCACAUAUGCUGAGCACUUGUUGGCUGCUUUUCCUAAACUCUGCGGUCUGACUCAUCCCAAACCAUCUCAAUUUGGUUGAGGUCGGGGGAUUGUGGAGGCCAGGUCAUCUGAUGCAGCACUCCAUCACUCUCCUUCUUGGUCAAAUAGCCCUUACACAGCCUGGAGAUGUGUUGGGUCAUUGUCCUGUCGAAAAACAAAUGAUAGUCCCACUAAGCGCAAACCAGAUGGGAUGGGGUAUCGCUUUAGAAUGCUGUGGUAGCCAUGCUGGUUAAGUGUUCCUUGAAAUCUAAAUAAAUCACAGACAGUGUCACCAGCAAAGCACCCCCACACCAUAACAUUUUACAUUUUAGUCAUUUAGCAGACGCUCUUAUUCAGAGCGACUUACAGUUAGUGAGUGCAUACAUUUUCAUACUUUUUUCAUACUAACACCUCCUCCUCCAUGCUUUAUGGUGGGAAAUACACAUGCGGAGAUCAUCCAUUCACUCACACCGUGUCUCACAAAGACACAGCGGUUGGAACCAAACAUCUCCAAUUUGGACUCCAGACCAAAGGACAAAUUUCCACCGGUCUAAUGUCAAUUUCUCAUGUUUCUUGGCCCAAGCAAGUCUCUUCUUAUUAUUGGUGUCCUUUAGUAGUGGUUUAUUUGCAGCAAUUCGACCAUGAAGGCCUGAUUCACACAGUCCCCUCUGAACAGUUGAUGUUGAGAUGUGUCUGUUACUUGAACUCUGUGAAGCAUUUAUUUGGGCUGCAAUUUCUGAGGCUGGUAACUCUAAUGGACUUAUCCUCUGCAGCAGAGGUAACUCUGGGUCUUCCAUUCCUGUGGUGGUCCUCAUGAGAGCCAGUUUAAUCAUAGCGCUUGAUGGUUUUUCGACUGCACUUGAAGAAACUUUCAAGGUUCUUGAAAUGUUCCGUAUUGACUGACCUUCAUGUCUUAAAGUAAUGAUGGACUGUCAUUUAUCUUUAAUUUGAGCUGUUCUUGCCAUAAUAUGGACUUGGUCUUUUACCAAAUAGGGCUAUCUUCUGUAUACCCCACUACCUUGUCACAACACAACUGAUUGGCUCAAACACAUUAAUUCCACAAAUUACCCUUUAAGAAGGCACACCUGUUAACUGAAAUGCAUUCCAGGUGACUACCUCACGAAGCUGGUUAAGAUAAUGCCAAGAGUGUGCAAAUCUGUCAUCAAGGCAAAGGGUGGCUAUUUGAAGAGUCUCAAAUCUCAAUAUAUUUUGAUUUGUUUAACACUUUUUUGGUUACUACAUGAUUCCAUAUGUGUUGUUUCAUAGUUUUGAUGUCCUCACUAUUAUUCUACAAUGUAGAAAAUAGUAAAAAUAAAGAAAAACCCUUGAAUGGUGUUCUAAAACUUUUGACCGGUAGUGUAUGGGUUGACAUUUUCCAAGGCUAUUGGCUUUAUCAUGGAGAAUUUAUAUAUAAUAACUCAGAUCAGAGAAACAUUUCAAAUUAUACUGUUCGAAGCUCACCCUCUAUUGAAUUGUAGUUGUGAUGCUGUAAUUUUGAGACCAAAAAGUAUACACUUAGCCAAUCUUGACAUUUUAAUUUCCCUGCCCUAUAAAACUCUGGCCUACUUGAACUUGAUAGUGAUUUAUAGGCAUUGUUCUUUGCAUUUGUGAUACAUAUCAUAGUUCUGUGUUUUUCCAUGAUUUGAUCAAGCUUCCAUGAUAUAAACAACAAAAACCGCUUAUCACGUUAAAAAAUAUGAAUAUGUCCCCUAACAUGUUGUGGUUUUGUGUCUCUCCAGUGUCUCCACCCAAGGACUUGACAGUGCUAGAGGUCACCCCAGAGACAGUGGACCUCUCCUGGGCUAACGAGAUGCAGGUGGCAGAGUACCUGGUCAGCUAUGUGCCCACCGCCCUUGGAGGCUUGGAGCUGGACAUGCGUGUGCCUGGGGACAAGAAGACUGCCACCAUCAGUGAGCUGGAGCCUGGUGUUGAGUACCUGAUCAGUGUCUUCGCUGUCCUCAACAACAAGAGGAGUGUCCCUGUCAGUGCCAGAGUGGCAACACGUAAGUCAGGAGUAGCAUAAAGUUGACCCAAGACGCUGACCUUGGGUCAGUUUAGCAUUUUCCCCACUAAUGGUUAAGGUUAGGAUUGGGGGAGAGGAAGCUGUUCCUAGAUCUGUACCUAGGGUAAACUUCACCUCGGAGCCGUAAGACACCUCUACGGUGCCCAUAUUCGAACAGUCUCAGUCUCAGCAGGCACUCGUGAUAAGGCUGACUAAAGUCUGACUGAGACUGUCCUAAUAUGGACACCGUACACCCUUAACCUCACCUUUGAUGCCUGACUGCUCUGGUGUAAUGCAAAAGUGCCAUUCAUAAAGGGCAGUCAAUAAAAAUCAAAUAGAACUUUUAAUAUCAACAAAUUGAUUGCAGCUUAUGCAAACAUCUGUUGCCAAUGUAAUUUCAUUAAAUCACUAAUUUGUACCUGGGAUGUUGUAGUUUUUCAAUGUUGUUGACCUUGAUCUACCCGUCAUUGGAACCAGUUAGCCGUGAAUCCAUGUCUGCUUCUCAAAUGGCACCCUAUUCCUUAUAUAGUGCACUACUUUUGACCAGCGCCCAUAGGGCUGGCUCUGGUCUAAAUCAGUGCACUAUAUAGGGAAUAGGGUGCCAUUUGAGAUGUAGCCCAUGUGCUGGGUGUCCUGAGGGUUAAGUAAACAGAACAUCAAAUAUGUUCUAAUUUGUCCGUCUCAUCCCCUUAGAUCUCCCUGAGCCUGAGGGACUCAAGUUCACAUCAGUGAAGGAGACUGCAGUAGAGGUUCAGUGGGACCCCCUGGACAUCCCCUUUGAUGGCUGGAACCUCAUCUUCAGAAACACUGUGAGUUAGCAACAGUAGUUCCCUCAUCUUCAGAAACAUUGUGAAUUAGCAACAGUAGUUCCCUCAUCUUCAGAAACACUGUGAGUUAGCAACAGUAGACACCUCAUCUUCAAAAAUAUUGUGAGUUAGCAACAGUAGUUCCCUCAUCUUCAAAAACAUUGUGAGUUAGCAACAUGUCACGAUCGCUGGAGGAAGUGGACCAAUGCGCAGCGUGAUGAGUGAACAUACUUAUUUAUUAUUAGAGAACAAAACAACAAAACGAUAACGUGAUGUCCUUGGUUACAAACACUAACCAUACACGGAACAAGAUCCCACAACACACUGUGGAAAACAGGCUGCCUAAGUAUGGUUCCCAAUCAGAGACAACAAGCAACAGCUGAUUCACGUUGCCUCUGAUUGAGAACCACACCGGCCAACAUAGAAACAAAUGAACUAGAUAAUAAACCUAGCACACAAAACACAUAGAAACAACACACCCUGGCUCAACAUAACAGAGUCCCAGAGCCAGGGCGUGACAGUACCCCCCCCCCCCCCAAAGGCAGGACUGCGACCACGCCAAACAUAAACCGAACAGGGGAGGGCCGGGUGGGCAUUCCUCCUCGGCGGCGGAUCCGGCUCCGGGCAUGACCCCCACUCCCUCUCUAACCCCCCAAAGCGCCCCUGGUCCGGUCUGGCCCUGCUGGCCGGAGCUGGACUGAACACUGGUGGAGCGGAUUGCUCUAGCUCCGGAGUGGAGCAGCUGACCGGUGCCGGACCAGGCACCGGUGGAACAGGCACGGGCUGUGCCGGACUGACGACGCGCACCACAGGCUGGGUGCGGGGAGCAGGGACGGGCCGGACCGGGCUGACGACGCGCACCAUUGGCUUGGUGCGGGGAGCAGGGACGGGCCGAACCGGGCUGACGAAGCGCACCACUGGCUUGGUGCGGGGAGCAGGAACAGGCCGGACCGGGCUGACGACGCGCACCUUUGGCUUGGUGCGGGGAGCAGGGACGGGCCGAACCGGGCUGACGAAGCGCACCACUGGCUUGGUGCGGGGAGCAGGAACAGGCCGGACCGGGCUGACGACACGCACCACAGGCUUGGUGCGGGGAGCAGGAACGGGCCGGACCGGGCUGACGAUGCGCACCACAGGCUUGGUGCGGGGAGCAGGAACGGGCCGGACCGGGCUGACGAUGCGCACCACAGGCUUGGUGCGGGGAGCAGGAACGGGCCGGACCGGGCUGACUAUGCGCACCACAGGCUUGGUGCGAGGGGCAGGAACAUGCCGGACCGGGCUGGCGACGCGCACCACAGGCUCGGUGCGAGGGACAGGAACAAGCCGGACCGUACUGGGGACACACACCACUGGCCCUACGCGGGGAUCAGGAAUGGGCCGGACCAGACUGGCAACACACCCCAGUACCUCUCGCCGUGCCUCUACAUUCUCCUUCCCCCUGGUGACCAGUGACUCCCUUAACCUGGCGGCCUCCUUUGCCAACCCGCUGAACCACUCUAUCCCGGCCUCCUGCUGCCCCGUCGUCCACGGCGUGAGCCCCCCCCCCCCCCCUAAACAUUUUUUGGCCGUCUCUCCUCCCCGUGGGCCAGGCCUCCAUGGCUCUCGCCAGACUCUCGCUCCUCUGCUCCCAAGUCCAGCCUCUCUCCUCCUCACGCUGCUUGACCCAGUCAAGGUUGAUAUUCAUUAGAGUCCUCUCUGGCGUUGGCUCCUGGACACGCUGCUUGGUCCAGUUAUGGUGGGAUCUUCUGUCACGAUCGCUGGAGGAAGUGGACCAAUGCGCAGCGUGAUGAGUGAACAUACUUAUUUAUUUAUUAGAGAACAAAACGAUAACGUGACGUCCUUGGUUACAAACACUAACCAUACACGGAACAAGAUCCCACAACACACUGUGGAAAACAGGCUGCCUAAGUAUGGUUCCCAAUCAGAGACAACAAGCAACAGCUGAUUCACGUUGCCUCUGAUUGAGAACCACACCGGCCAACAUAGAAACAAAUGAACUAGAUAAUAAACCUAGCACACAAAACACAUAGAAACAACACACCCUGGCUCAACAUAACAGAGUCCCAGAGCCAGGGCGUGACACAACAGUAGUUCCCUCAUCUUCAGAAACACUGUGAGUUAGCAACAGUAGACCCCUCAUCUUCAGAAACACUGUGAGUUAGCAACAGUAGUUCCCUCAUCUUCAGAAACACUGUGAGUUAGCAACAGUAGUUCCCUCAUCUUCAGAAACACUGUGAGUUAGCAACAGUAGACCCAUCAUCUUCAGAAACACUGAGUUAGCAACAGUAGACCACUCAUCUUUAGAAACACUGAGUGAGCAGCACGCCCCUCUCCUGUCUCCCAUGGGGCAUUGCAUGUUGUUAAUGGAUCUCUCUCUACAUAUUCCACAAGGAGGAGGUUGAGAUCUUCAGAAGCCCACAGCCUAUCAUUAUUCCCAUUAUCCCUGUGGUAGAAAUCAUAUACGCCCCAUAACAGAACAGACACCCACUCCAAGCUUCAGUAAUUGCCCUAGCUAUGUGUCGGUGUCCCAAAUGGCACACUAUUCUCUAUAUAGUGCACUACUUUUGACCAGAGCCCUAUAGGUCUAUGGGUCCUGGUCAAAAGUAGUGCACUAUAUAGGGAAUAGGGUGUAUGGUGCCAUUUGGGAUGCAGAUGAUGUGAAACAGGGUUAGUAUCCUAUGGAAAUAGUUUAGCCGAGCCAGUAUUCAAAGUCUGUUUUCUUUAAGUCUCUAAGUUUAAAUGUGACUAAAUGUUCUGUGAGGCUUCUGUUGACAGCUCUAAUGGCCAUGUACUGCAGCCAUGAGGCACAGAAUGAUUAUUGUUUCUAAAAGCUUUUUUUCUUUUCAAGAACAUAUGAGAAAUAGUCCUAGGACAUGAAAUCCACAGUUCAUUACAUUCAGUUCCCCCCACACCCCCUGUAGUUCAAACAUCACAGACAGGACCCCUGAGUAUGAUGUGGCUGCCCUAUUCCCACACCAAGUGUUUGUCCCAAAUGGCUCCCUACUGCCUAUAUAGUGCACUACUUUUAACCAGAGCCCAAUUGGCCCUGGUCAAAAGUAGUGCACUGUAAAGUGAAUAGGGAGCCUAAGCUUGACUUUGAGGUGGGUAAUGAUAGAUACACUAGAUAGAUAGGUACUUUAUUAAUCCCCAAGGGGAACUGUGCCAUCAUGAAACAUGCCAUACCAUUUUAAUGAUUGGUGUUGUUUGGUGUUGGACAGAAAGAGGAGAAUGGGGAGAUUCUGAACUCCCUGGGCAGCCCUGACACCAUGUUUGAGCAGUCAGGGCUGGGACCUGGUCAGGAGUACGAGGUCAAACUGGAGGUGGUGAAGAACAACACCAGCGGACCCCCAGCACGCAAGAACGUUUUCACAAGUGAGUUUAUAUCCAUUCGUUUACAGGACAAUUGACUCCUCCAGGCCAAUAACAUUCAGUUGGAAAAUUAACCUGAAUGUUGAGCCUGCGUAGAUGGUAGCUUGUAGGACGAAAACCCACCUAAGUAUUUACACUUGGCGACAGCUAUAUGGAGCCAGGACACUUUCUUAACCCCCAUCUUUAAAAAAAAUCUAACCCUGAGAAUGGCUUAUUAUUAUAAUUAUGGCCCAGUUGACUAAGCCUUGAACUGUUCAAAUUGUAGCACUGUGAUACCCAUGAGUAUCACGAUGGGUAAAUGCAAGGUUUACAGAAUCAUAUAUACAGUAGGCCUUUGACUUAAUGCCUCAAGGCUUGAAUGACUUAUCCCUGAAGAAGCUUUGAAUUAAAUGUUCAGAAUUCAUUCAGAAUUCGAUUUUUUCAUCCUUGCCAAUGCUGGCUACACACAAUUAAAGGUAAAUAACUAAUUCAAAAUAUGGAGAGCUUCACACAGGGACCUGCCAGCAUCAAGUGUAUUGUAAUCCUUGUUUUCAUGACAUAUUUGCAUGGGAAUAAGCCAUAAACCCCUCUUACGCCAUUCUGACCGUCUGCAUGACAUUUUAAAUAUGAUUUACAGCAAUACAGACAGACAAAGAAGCGGCUUACAGCUGUCAAAGUUACACACAGAAACACAUUGUCACCUUGAUUCAAUCGAUGUCUUGAAUAUCCCCUCUGCUGCAGCUCUGAGUUUGUGUCCCAAAUGGCACCUUAUUUCCUAUAUAGUGCACUACUUUUGACCAGGGUCUGUUCAAAAGUAAUGCACUAUGUAGGCAAUAGGGUGCAAUUUGGGAUGCAGUCGGACAGUCUAUCCAAGGCAUCCUGAAGUUCCAACAUUGCGUGAUUAGCUCAUUACUUUUCAUAGCAUCGUCUUGAUUUACUAGAGGCAGUAAAAAGCCAUCACUACCCCCUUGGAAGGUUUAACAGUUAUGAGGAAAUCAUAUCUCCAUCAGGCUGCUGCUAUCAAGGCUAAUGGCUUGUAUCAGGGUUUGGGAUCAAUAUAACUACAGGUUUUGGGGUUGAAACUAUACUCCACCUGCCAGCUUGGUUCCCACCAACUCUCUCACCAGCCAAGCAAUUUUUAGGUGGCUCGAGGGGAGGUUAAAAUAUACUGCACCACCAACACAUUCAAGACUAGUCAUGGAGAAUGGUGUUUUAUUAUAUAUAUAUAUAUAUAUAUUUUAAAGCUUUGUGGAACAUUCCAGCACUGAAAUGGGAUCUGAACAGAGUGUGAGCUUUCACCCCUGCCCCAGAGAGUUCUGUUACAACAAAUCAGAAUAAGGCGAUUUCAAUAUGCUGAAGCAAAUGUUCUUCUCAAGGUUCUCUACUAACCUUUAUUGCCUCACCUCCAUCCCAAAGCAAGGUCAGACAAUCUCUGCUUAUUUAUGGUUUGAAAUCUGCCCCCUGACUUGCCAGAGUAAACAGAACAAGGAAAGGAAAAGCCAUUAGCUACCUGACAUCCUCUUAUACACCUCCUCUUUAGGAUCGAAGAGUAGUUUACAUUAUAGCGCUGACUGACACUAUAGGACUAGCAUUUAUGUGUGUGAAGUCUAUGGAGCUGUUGAACAUUGGAACCUGAGCGCCAUACUGGGUGGUGUUAAGCAUACACCCACAAACACACACACACACACACACACACACACACACACACACACACACACACACACACACACACACACACACACACACACACACACACACACACACACACACACACACACACACACAGCAGCACUGGGAUUAUGGGGUCCCCUAGAUCUCCAUGUCACUCAAGGCCUCUUUAUGUCUGCCAUUAACACACAUAGACAUACUGUAGUGGGAUUUGCAUUCUGGGGGUCUAAUUGCAUGGAGUGAUCCCAUCCCCCCUCACUCUCUCCUCCCCUCCCCCCAUGGUGUGUAUGUGUGUGGGAGGGAGGCACCACUCAGGAGACAAUCACAACCCUGGAACAACACACACGCACGCAUGCACUCACACGUAUGCACGCACACGCGCACGCACACACACACGCACAAGCACGCAGCUAGGCUCAUUGGGGGUUACAUUUGUGCUAAGCUCCAAUGCAGAUUCCAUGUCUUAUCUGUCUUUUGCAGAAGGCUGACUUUCCUGAAGUUGCUGAAUGUGACAAAUCAGUUCCAUCACACUGUAGGGAAAGUGCCUUUCAUGCUCCAGGUUUUGAUGUGUACUUACAUGAACAACCUCAUGCAUGGAUGCAUACUAGAAAAUACAGUGUUUUCAAACCAUUAUUGGUAGUAAAUGCUCUCACUAUUUAUAUUCAACCCUGUAGCAAAGGUUCUGAUGAGAGCUCCUACUCUCCUCUCUCUGCAGAGAUCGAUUCGCCCAGAGAGGUGGAUGUGCGUGACGUGACGGACACCACGGCGCUGGUGACCUGGUUUCUGCCAGGUGGCCAUGGUGGACGGGGUGAGCGUGUCCUACUGGCCCAGCGACAACCCCUCAGACAGGAGCACAGUGGAGCUGUCCUCCAGCGACACACAGCACCACCUGGGACAGCCUGAACCCUGACACAGAGUAUGAGGUGUCUCUCAUGGCCAAGAGGGGAGAGAUGACCAGCGUGCCCGUGUCUGAGACCUUCCUAACAGGUAAGACAAGAGCUGUAUCCCAAUUGGCACCCGAUUCCCUUUAUAGUGCACUACUUUUGACCAGGGCCCAUUACUGCUCUGGUCAAAAGUAGUGCACUAUAUAGCAUGGUUGGGGUCAAUUCCAAUUGAAUUUGAAAUGUAAUUUAAUUAUUGAAUUCACUCAUGAAGUGGAGAAUGUACAUUGAAUUAAAUUCGAUUUUUCAACAAUCGUCAAGUUACGCAAUUGGAAUUGAAUUGGAAUUGUUUGGACCGUUUGAAUUAGAAUUGUAAAAACAUUUUUAUUUAAUCUUUGGAAUUUAAUUUAAUUGGAAUUCAAUAUUUGUAUAUGUCCCAAUUAAUAUAAUUAAUCCAGUAUCAAAAAUUGACUGCAUGAUUUGUUUUAAAUCAUUUCAACUUGUAUUUCUAUAUUUCCAGUAUAGCUAGGCUGUCUGAACAGAUCAGCAUGAAAGCCUGAGGGAAUGUAAUUUGAAUUUGAAUAUGUAGAAGUUUUGGGGAUAAUAUUGAAUUGGGAAUUAUUGGAAUUUACCUAACAUUGGAAUUGAGAGGAAUUGAAUUAUCUCAGAAUUCAAAUAAUUGAAUUAAAUGGAAUUUAUAGGGAGGGAAUUUAAUUAGAAUUUAAUUUGUGGAAUUAACCCCAAUCCUGCUAUAUAGGGAAUAGAGUGCCAUUUGGGAAGCAGCCAAGGGACCUGGAACAAGCCUUUCAUACAGCACUAGGGUUGCAAAAAAGUGGUGGUCUGUUCUCAACUCGGUGUCUGGACCACACAUGGUACUGUAUUUACAAGAGAAUCAUAACAUUCCCACCUCGACUGAUCUGUGAUUGGAUGUGUUCCAGACCUGGAUGCCCCAUGGGAUCUGCAGGCGGUAGAGCUGACUGACGAGAGCAUCACUCUGGAGUGGAAGAACAGCCAGGCUAAAGUAGACAACUACCGCAUCAAAUACGGCCCCCUUUCUGGAGGAGACCACGGAGAGCUGCUGUUCCCUACCGGACCCCUGGACACCACCCAGGCCAAAAUCAGUGGUAAGUAAUCUCAUUUUAAUAUCUGUAAAACCCUGAUGAAAAAAACAAUAAAUAUGUUUUUUUAGCAACUUCAACUGCCCUCCAAGAGUUUCUCUUCCAAGAACUUCCUCUUCACUUCUGUUAGCGCCUCAAUUCAAUCACCUUUGUUGGAGAGCACGGUAGUGGCAGUGUUCCCUUCCCUUUGGUAAGACAGAACCCCUCCCACUAGUCUAGAGUUAUGACAGGAUGCUGUGGUGGUGGUGAUGUUGUGUAAUAUCUGGUGGUGCUAGUCUAAUUUCACACUCUACAGAGGAAGUGAACUGUGCUUCUGGUACAUUUUCAGUUUUUAGAUACUUUUGUUUGCUUUGGGUUUACAUUAACUCAUUACCUCUUUAAAAAUGGAUUGAAAAAUGAUUUAUUUCAAUGAGAUAACAGCUUUAAAACAACCAUCCUGUCUUUGUGUAAAUUAAUAGAUAUUGUUUUUCAAUGUAAACAGCGAUGUCGCUUUACCAACUAUUCCGCCGCCAAGCAUUUGUGGUCCUCUUUCAAAAAUGUUCUGUAUUAAAUUCAAUGCACUUACUAUAUUUCCAAAUGGGCUGCUUUGUUUUUGUGUCAUGAAACAUUUGCCCAGCCACAAAAGCCCCCCACUUUAUUAGAAAACAGCCAACAGGAGAUUGCAUUCGGGCCUUAAAUGGAAUAACACUGCUGCUUGUUUCAAUGUGAGCUCCAUCCUGGUCAAACAAGAAAAGCAGGUAGGGCCUUUUUUCAUCCUCGUGCACCGGCUCCCAUAAUGCUCCAUGCUUUGAGGCGGGCGGGCGGGCGGACGGACGUGUCUUUCUAAACCAUGUGCCACUGCAUCGAAGGAUUAGGCUCCCUGGCUGAGAAAAAAAGGAAAAAGGUUCCAAACGGGUAAUAGUGUCUUUGUCUGAGGCCCAUUCUUUGUCCUUGGGUGCCCCAUCCCCUGUAAAUAAGGCAGUGGGUGCGUCCCAAUUACCUACAUAGUGUUUUACUCCCUACAUAGUGCACUACUCAAAAAAGUGUACUAUAUAGGGAAUAGGUUGCCAUUUGGGACACACACAAUGUGUCUAUUCAGCUGACUGACGUCCCCCUCCACUCCUCUCCGAUCCUCACACACCUCAGCACUUUUUUCACACAGUUAUUAUCUGUAAUUGCCUUCACACUUGUGAUUUUAUUGAUAAUGACUUUCCUCUGCAUUAGGUGUAAUUUCAUGCUGCAAGACUCCUAGUGCCUGGCUGCCUAGUGACCUCUGUGGGAGUUAAUAAAGGAAAUAAUGGCAGUUGGACUGAGGACCGUUAAUUGCACCGCACACAGCGAUCUCAAAAGCCUCUUAUAUCAUAGCAAAUGUUGUUUCUGGCCCAUAGAGAGCCUCUUCUAGAGCCAUCAGUGCAAAUAAAGGUUCCAAAUACAGGUUCCAGAAUGAAGAGGCUGAAAAUAAACCCAAUUAUGCUUGAAUCUCUUAAAUAGGCAAUUAAGACCUUGAAGAGCUUCACUCUUUUUCAUUGUUGUCGAAGAUAUUAGCUGCAAACAGCUGGAUGUUUUUCUAUUACACUAUUUUCAUAGAUCAAAACCUGAUCAUUGGUCAAUACAAAAACAUAUAUUCCUCAUACUAUUUGCAUGCAUGAUCCGAUACAAUAAGUGUUAUUUGUCUGUGUGUUGUGUAGGCCUGAGGCCUGGGUCAGAGUAUGGGAUGGGAGUGACAGCCGUGAAGAGUGAGCGAGAGAGCCUUCCUACCACCACCAACGCUGUUACAGGUGAGAUCUAUUAACUUUUGCUGUAUUGUAAAUAAAUACAUUGUUUUCAUUUACUGUCAUGGAUAGUAGUAAUAAUCUACUAAUAAUAAUUGCCAUUCAACUAUUUACUUCCGACAAUCCACAAAUACACUACCGUUCAAGAUAUGGCUUUUUCUUUGCAACUCUGCCUAGAAGGUCAGCAUCCCGGAGUCGCCUCUUCACUGUUUAUGUUGAGACUGGUGUUUUGCGGGUACUAUUUAAUGAAGCUGCCAGUUGAGGACCUGUGAGGCGCCUGUUUCUCAAACUAGACACUCUAAUGUAUUUGUCCUCUUGCUCAGUUCUGCACUGGGGCCUCCCACUCCUCUUUCUAUUCUGGUUAGAGACAGUUUGCGCUGUUCUGUGAAGGGAGUAGUAUACAGCGUUGUACGAGAUCUUCAGUUUCUUGGCAAUUUCUCGCAUGGAAUAGCCUUCAUUUCUUAGAACAAGAAUAGACUGACAAGUUUCAGAAGAAAGUUAUUUGUUUCUGGCCAUUUUGAGCCUGUAAUCGAACCCACAAUUACUGAUGCUCCAGAUACUCAACUAGUCUCAAGAAGGCCAGUUUUAUUGCUUCUUUAAUCAGCACAACAGUUUUCAGCUGUGCUAACAUAAUUGCAAAAUGGUUUUAUAAUGAUCAAUUAGCCUUGUAAAAUGAUAAACUUGGAUUAGCAAACACAACGUGCCAUUGGAACACAGGACUGAUGGUUGCUGAUAAUGGGCCUCUGUACGCCUAUGUAGAUAUUCCAUAAAAAAAUCAGCCGUUUCCAGCUAUAAUAGACAUUUUACAACAUUAACAAUGUCUACACUGUAUUUCUGAUCAAUUUGAUGUUCUUUUAAUGGACAGAAAAAUUGCUUUUCCUUCGAAAACAAGGACAUUUCUAAGUGACCCCAAACUUUUGAACGGUAGUGUAGUUCUCUCCGCUUGUCUUGCACUAUUUGAAAACUACAGUCAGACUUCCUAUUCUUGUUAGCCUGAAAUACACUCCUUCUAUACUUCAUAUUCUAUAUUCUAUAUUCUCCUUCUUUAUUCUAUAUUCUCCUUCUAUAUUCUCCUUCUAUAUUUCAUAUUCUUUGUUCUAUAUUCUCCUAUAUUCUACUCUUCAGCAUUGGAUGCGCCUAAAAACCUGGAGGUGGAGUCUUCCACUGAGACUCAGUUGGUGCUGGUGUGGCAGAAGCCAGUGGCUAAGAUCGACAAGUACAAGCUGCUAUACGUGUCAGCCGACGGGCACAGGGCUGAGUUGACACCCUUAUCCAAUGACAUCAAGUACACCCUGAGGAACCUGAUGCCUGGCAUGCUGUACACUAUCACCCUGACCGCUGAGAGGGGACACAAGCAGAGUGACCCCGCCACCAUCUCAGCAGCAACAGGUCAGUGACGACAGUACACCUCUAUCUCCUCUAGCCUUGUCCCAUACAUAGAAUUAGAAUGAAUAGAGCAGGCAUCCCCAUUCAGGUCAGUUAUGCCACAAUGGGAAGACUGGCGGCCAUAUUGAGUGUCCCCUCAUUCUAUAUACAGUAUAUGGUCCCAUACUGCAGUAGCCACAAGUCAGUGUGGACAGAAGCUCUCCAAACCUGGUCCCAUACAUAUGUUUUUAUGGUCUCAUAAUGUAUGUAAACGAGCCACAGGUCAGUGUAAACAGUACUGGAAUUUAAUUGACAAUAACUGUCUUGACAAUGACAUCUAUCAAGUUGGCAAGAGCACAAACUUAUCUGGAACCAGGCUAACAGUACACCUCUCCUAGCCUGGUUCCAUACUGUAUGUACAGUAUCUAGCCUAACUAUCUUCUAACGUUGUCAAGCUGUUCAUUGGCUAAAGCACAAACAGACUGGACAACUAGGCUAAAUCUCUUCACAUGAUGAGUUUUAGAACAGAAUUCUGUUAGGCUAUACCUUAGUACUACCACUAUUAAUCUUCCAGGUGCAUUAACUAUCAACAAUCUCUUACUGUAUCUUAAAAAGCUAUAGGAGGGAUUUACACUGUCCAUCAUCCAUGUUGAUGCUUUAUAAUAGGGGUAUGGAAGAAAGCAAAAAAAAAAUGAAUUCUGUGAGAAUGAGUUUGGACUGUGUUUUGUGAGGUUUUGUGUUGUAGGGUUUUGUAUUGUAGGACCCCAGCCUUUUUCUCAUUAACCAAAGAUUCAGUUUUCCCCUCCAGGCCAUCAGCCAAACCUAGGCAAUGAAUUGAAUUCAUUGUUGCUACUUUUCUGUCUGUCUCUGUUUCCCCCCUCAAGCCUUUAAUUUAACUGCAUGUGGGUUUAUUUUACUGAAAUACGGAAAGAAAAAGAAAAGAUGAUUGUGACAUUUUUUUGCUAGCGCCAGUGGUCAGGGUGCUUCCAAACCAAACAUCUGAGAAGAAAGUCCUCCAGUUAUGUAACAGGGUACCCAUUACUGUGUAUGGCUAUGGGCUAAAUUGAUAUGGCAUUAGGAAAACGCUGGUAUGGUUCAGAAUAACUUUAUUUUGUUGAAUCUGUGUCCCAUGCUGCCAAGGUGCAGAAUGGAGGUGGUGUGUACUCCAUACAAAGGCCAUUCAUGUGAUAAUUGUUCUUUUGUGCGAUUUGACCACGAUGAACUGUGGGUCUGUCAGAUAAAAGGACACAUGCGGGGGCCCCUGAUAAAACAUUGUGUCUCUGAAAUCAACACUCCUCUAAUCCGCAUGCAGCAUUCGUUCCUCCGACCGUUUUAUAAUCUCCAGACGUGUAAUACAAACACAAAGCAUGCUGCAUGGUAGCAGGGAUAUAAAGGGAUUGGACAAGGGGGGAGGGGUGUGGGGGUUGCCCACCCUUUGCCCACCCUUUCGCCCCCCAGGUCUGGGCCUUACUUGUGUUUGACAAUCAUCAGGCGUUGAAAGGCUUACAAGAAUCUGAGUUCAAGUGUUUGGAGACCCACUGGAGAGAGCAAAUAAGAAACCCAAUACCUCUGGCAGGAAAAAAAGCUUCAGAACAGUGGUUCUGAAUUUUGAGGCUAUUUCAAAUGCUGAGCAAGUAACCAAAAUUCAUUUGAUAUAAUAAACCUCCUGCAGCUUUAUUGUCUCCUGAUCUUCCUGUACAUUUCUGACUGCUGGACGGAUCUGGUACUUUCAAAUUACCAGGAUUCUCAUAAUAUAGGCUAAUCAGUAAAUUCAGGGACCCAUCGAGCCUUUCUGUAAAUUGAAGGAUCAGGCACAAUGAGAGAGAACUGUUUGAUUGAUCAUAUCUUGAGCAAUAGUCAAUAACCAUACUAAACAUACUAAACAUAUACAGUGCCAGUCAAAAGUUUGGACACACCUACUCAUUCAAGGGUUUUUCUUAAUUUUUACUAUUUUCUACAUUGUAGAAUAAUAGUGAAGACAUCAAAGCUAUGAAAUAACACAUAUGGAAUCAUGUAGUAACCAAAAAAGUGUUAAACAAAUUAAAAUAUAUUUUAUAUUUGAGAUUCUUGAAAGUAGCCACCCUUUGCCUUGAUGACAGCUUUGCACACUCUUGGCAUUCUCUCAACCAGCUACACCUGGAAUGCUUUUCCAACAGUCUUGAAGGAGUUCCCACAUAUGCUGAGCACUUGUUGGCUGCUUUUCCUUCACUCUGCGGUCCAACUCAUUCCAUUUAAUCUCAAUUGGGUUGAGGUCGGGAGAUUGUGGAGGCCAGGUCAUCUGAUGCAGCACUUCAUAACUCUCCUUCUUGGUCAAAUAGCCCUUACACAGCCUGGAGGUGUGUUGGGUCAUUGUCCUGUUGAAAAACAAACAAUAGUCCCACUAAGCGCAAACCAGAUGGGAUGGCGUAUCGCUGCAGAAUGCUGUGGUAGCCAUGCUGGUUAAGUGUGCCUUGAAUUCUAAAUAAAUCACUGACAGUGUCACCAGCAAAGCACCCCCACACAUCACACCUCCUCCUCCAUGCUUCACUGUGGGAACCACACAUGCGGAGAUCAUCCGUUCACCUACUCUGCGUCUCACAAAGACACGGCGGUUGGAACCAAAAAUCUCAAAUUUGGACUCAUCAGACCAAAGGACAGAUUUCCACCAGUCUAAUGUCAAUUACUCGUGUUUCUUGGCCCAAGCAAGUUUCUUCUUAUUAUUGGUGUCCUUUAGUAGUGGUUUCUUUGCAGCAAUUCGACCAUGAAGGCCUGAUUCACACAGUCUCCUCUGAACAGUUGAUGUUGAGAUGUGUCUGUUACUUGAACUCUGUGAAGCAUUUAUUUGGGCUGCAAUCUGAGGUGCUGUUAACUCUAAUGAACUUAUCCUCUGCAGCAGAGGUAACUCUGGGUCUUCCUUUCCUGUGGCGGUCCUCAUGAGAGCCAGUUUAAUCAUAGUGCAUGAUGGUUUUUGCGACUGCACUUGAAGAAACAUUCAAAGUUCUUGAAAUGUUCCGGGAUGCCUGACCUUCAUGUCUUAAAGUAAUGAUGGACUGUCAUUUCUCUUUGCUUAUUUGAGCUGUUCUUGCCAUAAUAUGGACUUGGUCUUUUACCAAAUAGGGCUAUGUUUUGUAUACCACCCCUACCUUGUCACAACACAACUGAUUGGCUCAAAUGCAUUAAGAAGGAAAUAAAUUCCACAAAUUAACUUUUAACAAGGCACACCAGUUAAUUGAAAUGCAUUCCAGGUGACUACCUCAUGAAGCUGGUUGAGAGAAUGCCAAGAGUGUGCAAAGCUUUCAUCGAGGCAAAGGGUGGCUUUUUUGGUUACUACAUGAUUCCAUUUGUGUUAUUUCAUAGUUUUGAUGUCUUCACUAUUAUUCUACAAUGUAGAAAGAAAGAAAGAAAGAAAGAAAAACCCUUGACUGAUUUGAUGUGUCCAAACUUUUGACUGGUACUGUAUAUGUUUAGUAUAUUUAGUAUGGUUAUUGACUAUUGCUCAAGAUAUGAUCAAUCAAACAGUUCUCUCUCAUUGUGCCUGAUCCUUCAAUUUACAGAAAGGCGUGAGUGUUUGUGUGUGUGUUGGAGUGACACUGUGUGUGAGUGUGUAGGGCCCUGAGAGUGUGCAUAGAGACUGAAAUAAAAGGUCAAUAAAGAUACAAGGUAAACUCGGUCCGUGUAGCUAUUUUGUUAGCUAUUCAUUAGUCGUAUUGCUUGGGGAUAGAAGCUGUUCAAGAGCCUGUUGGUGUCAGACUUGAUGCACUGGUACCUCUUGCCGUGCGGCAGCAGAGAAAAUAGUCUAUGGCUUGGGUGGUUGGGGUCUUUGACAAUUUUCUGUUAGUCUUUUGACAAUACUUUCUGUUAGUGUGUGGUUUUGAGUCAUUUGAGUGUAAUCAGUACUAUAGGGUGUGUCUUCAAUGCCCAGCCAGUCAUCCAAGUUCUCAUCUGUCUUUCUAUUUGUGCUGUAUGUGUAAGUUACCAGUCCAGCCACUGUGGAAGUUCUUUGCUCAUUAGUAAUUUCCCCAAUACAAAAACAAAAACCUGUUUUAACCUCUUCCCACUCAAAUCAUGCCUCUCCCAUAACCAAUUAUUACCUAACAAUACCUCCUCCCCCAUUGUGUUUCCCUCACUUUGAUGCAGUAACUGUAACAUAUAUCUGUCCACAUAAUAGAACCACCCCACCCAGACAAAAACCAUUCAGUUCAGAUGAGGCCUGGCAUGGCCUGCGGUGGAUCUACCUUUGAUCCACCCUAAGCAGACUAUCUGCCUGUCAGGACCUGCCAUGAGAGAAAAAGCACCUGGAACAUUUCUGAACUGUCAGUCGGCCCCCGUGUUAUCUGUACCAUGGGUAGUGAGUAGUGAUUGACUGCAAAGAGACAGCAGAGACCCAACAGGUGCAUUGAUUCAUCCUCCCAACCAAUCAAUAAUAGUAAUUAUCAACCAUUCACAUUCUGCGGAUUACAAUGUUGUGGACUGAAUGGAUAGUGAACAAUGUACAGAAAAAUCUCACUUCAAGACUACUUGCUUUGUUUGCUGUUAAAGCAAUUGAGGAUUUUGGCAUGUGCUUUGAGAAUGUAGAAACAGAUUAAGCAGUUGUUACAAUAAGUAAUAAUAAGUAUUUAUAUGCAGUGUUUUGGGCAUAAGCGACAUAGGCGGUGACCCCGUGGCAAACUGUUUAGAAAUUAACUUUAAAACUUGUUCUCUCCGCCAUCAAGAGGGGUGACACUAAAAUGUUUGCCCGCGAGGUAGGGGGGACUCCCAACCAAAUCUUGCUUAGGGCACGAAAAAGGCUAGGGCCCAGCCCUGAGUGUUGUCCAAUGUAUCAGUAAUCUAUUUUCAGUUGGGAUUUAAGUUGGGUUUCAGCCAUCUGUUUUGACAGCUUAGAGUACAUAGACGAACCUGGCCUCUGCAUACUUCUGCUGUCAUGGAGAGAAUAAUACCUGUCAUUUCAGAUCAGUUAGCCCCCACCCACUCUCCAAUAAACACUCACAUAGAGACCAGGCUGCACACACACACAUAACUUUGUUAUUUUGAGGUCUUCUAUCACCUGCUAAAAAAACCUGCCUCAAAUUAGUUGUCCCUCAUCUACUUAUUUGGUCACUUUAAAAGGGAUAUAUUUGAAAUUAUCCUUUCAAAGCAAAUUUAAAAUGAUUAUUUAUUUUGACAGAUUUUAAGUUUUUCCAUUGUAUACGCACAGUAUAAACAAUACGGGUAUUGUAUCAUUGUUAGUAAACAUCAGUCAAAGCACAUGAUAGUUCAGCUGUUCCCAGAUAAUGAUGAUUCAGCAAAUGGAUGGAUGGAGAGUCAGUGGUUUCUUCAAGUCCCUGAGGAGCUUUUGUUUCAUUCUGUGAAGGCUCUGUUCUGUAUGCACCCCCAGUUCUCCCUCCAUCCCUAGACUCAGACCCUCUGCUCCACAUUCUCAUGCUCACAUUGACACUGUGGCCUGGAGCCUGGAGCCUGGAGCCUGGAGCCUGGAGCCUGGAGCCUGGAGCCUGGUAUUGGGGUGCCAGGGAGUGUUGGGGCUUGCUGGGGCCAUGGCUCAAUGUGGCACACACUCAAGUCUGCUCUGAAGCCCAUUGUCUGCAUGUUAAUGAUCUGAAGAGAAACCAGCCCCAACCCCAACGUUUCGUAAUUGUAUGUUACUGUAGUUCAUGGGAAAAUAUGGCUGUUUUUUCCAUUUACUGAAAAGUUUGUUUUGGAGCUACCAUGUUUUCUUCAGACAGCGACGAUUGACAUUAGCCAAAACAUAAUCUAUAUACAGUGGGGAAAAAAUGUAUUUAGUCAGCCACCAAUUGUGCAAGUUCUCCCACUUAAAAAGAUGAGAGAGGCCUGUAAUUUUCAUCAACUAUGACAGACAAAAUGAGGGAAAAAAAUCCAGAAAAUCACAUUGUAGGAUUUGUUAUGAAUUUAUUUGCAAAUUAUGGUGGAAAAUAAGUAUUUGGUCACCUACAAACAAGCAGGAUUUCUGGCUCUCACAGACCUGUAACUUCUUCUUUAAGAGGCUCCUCUGUCCUCCACUCGUUACCUGUAUUAAUGGCACCUGUUUGAACUUGUUAUCAGUAUAAAAGACACCUGUCCACAACCUCAAACAGUCACACUCCAAACUCCACUAUGGCCAAGACCAAAGAGCUGUCAAAGGACACCAGAAACAAAAUUGUAGACCUGCACCAGGCUGGGAAGACUGAAUCUGCAAUAGGUAAGCAGCUUGGUUUGAAGAAAUCUAUUGUGGGAGCAAUUAUUAGGAAAUGGAAGACAUACAAGACCACUGAUAAUCUCCCUCAAUCUGGGGCUCCACACAAGAUCUCACCCCGUGGGGUCAAAAUGAUCACAAGAACGGUGAGCAAAAAUCCCAGAACCACACGGGGGGACCUAGUGAAUGACCUGCAGAGAGCUGGGACCAAAGUAACAAAGCCUACCAUCAGUAACACACUACACAGCCAGGGACUCAAAUCCUGCAGUGCCAGACGUGUCCUCCUGCUUAAGCCAGUACAUGUCCAGGCCCGUCUGAAGUUUGCUAGAGUGCAUUUGGAUGAUCCAGAAGAGGAUUGGGAGAAUGUCAUAUGGUCAGAUGAAACCAAAAUAUAACUUUUUGGUAAAAACUCAACUCGUCGUGUUUGGAGGACAAAGAAUGCUGAGUUGCAUCCAAAGAACACCAUACCUACUGUGAAGCAUGGGGGUGGAAACAUCAUGCUUUGGGGCUGUUUUUCUGCAAAGGGACCAGGACGACUGAUCCGUGUAAAGGAAAGAAUGAAUGGGGCCAUGUAUCGUGAGAUUUUGAGUGAAAACCUCCUUCCAUCAGCAAGGGCAUUGAAGAUGAAACGUGGCUGGGUCUUUCAGCAUGACAAUGAUCUCAAACACACCGCCCGGGCAACGAAGGAGUGGCUUCGUAAGAAGCAUUUCAAGGUCCUGGAGUGGCCUAGCCAGUCUCCAGAUCUCAACCCCAUAGAAAAUCUUUGGAGGGAGUUGAAAGUCCGUGUUGCCCAGCGACAGCCCCAAAACAUCACUGCUCUAGAGGAGAUCUGCAUGGAGGAAUGGGCCAAAAUACCAGCAACAGUGUGUGAAAACCUUGUGAAGACUUACAUAAAUGUUUGACCUGUGUCAUUGCCAACAAAUGGUAUAUAACAAAGUAUUGAGAAACUUUUGUUAUUGACCAAAUACUUAUUUUCCACCAUAAUUUGCAAAUAAAUUCAUAAAAAAUCCUACAAUGUGAUUUUCUGGAUUUUUUUUUCUCAUUUUGUCUGUCAUAGUUGACGUGUACCUAUGAUGAAAAUUACAGGCCUCUCUCAUCUUUUUAAGUGGGAGAACUUGCACAAUUGGUGGCUGACUAAAUACUUUUUUUCCCCACUGUACAACACUAUGAAGUAUCCAUACAAACACUGUCGGUCUGUCUCCAUUGGUUGAUUCGUUUGUGUAAUGUAUGUUCAACACACUUCUGAAAGAAGUCUAGAAAAAAAAAUUGCACUCCUGGGUUGCGUCCCAAAUGGCUAUUCCCACUGUUCCCUAUAUAGUGCACUACUUUUGAGCAGGGCCUCCAUGUCCCUCUCUACCUCCCUUCCUUCUUCCCUGACUGGCUGGCUGACUAGCUAAAGCAGGCCUGCUCCGCUCCUAACGAAGAGCGACAGCACCCGGGAAGUGUCUACUCUGGUUUUCAUUUUCCACCACUUCUUCUCACAACAAGUUCCCUCGUUUCACGUCAGCCAAAUCCUCUGGGUUCACCUUGCGACCUUAACGUUUGGUGUAGUGUUCUAAUGAGUUAUGUCCCUGUAUCUAGCCAGGCAGCACUGAGGCGGCACUGAGGCCACUUCGAGGUCUGUAUGCUGCUGUCUGUAUGCUGCAGUCUGUAUGCUGCUGUCUGUAUGCUGCUGUCUGUAUGCUGCUGUCUGUAUGCUGCUGUCUGUAUGCUGCUGUCUGUAUGCUGCUGUCUGUAUGCUGCAGUCUGUAUGCUGCAGUCUGUAUGCUGCUGUCUGUAUGCUGCUGUCUGUAUGCUGCAGUCUGUAUGCUGCAGUCUGUAUGCUGCUGUCUGUAUGCUGCUGUCUGUAUGCUGCUGUCUGUAUGCUGCUGUCGCUGCUGUCUGUAUGCUGCUGUCUGUAUGCUGCUGUCUGUAUGCUGCAGUCUGUAUGCUGCAGUCUGUAUGCUGCUGUCUGUAUGCUGCUGUCUGUAUGCUGCUGUCUGUAAGCUGCUGUCUGUAUGCGGCUGUGCAGGCGGUCGAUCUACUCUCUCUCUUGCUCUCUCUCUGACUUCUGCCGAGCACUUCCUCUAACAGCUGUAGACUCCCGCUAGCUCAGCUCCUCUACUCAGCCAUUAUUAGCUACUGCUAAUGACUAGUUAACACAGUUGACUUUUACAACACUGUAUACGUACAGACCCAUUUGCCCUGAUGUCACCCAAGCGCUUAAAACUCUAGUAAAACUCUGGCUGACUUGAAUGUUCCUUUUCUUCUGAAUGUAGAUGACUUUUCGUAUUAGUGUAUUAAGGAACUGAUGCACAAAUAUCAUGUGUUCUUUUGCAGUCAUAGCGUCAAUAAACUGAGGGUUGAAUUUGAUCAAACUAGCUGGUAAAUAACAAUGUACCUACCUACACCAAUAAAAUGCAUGUUGUUACUUUCAUACUCACCUAGGGUUUCAAAAUUCCUGGAACUUUCAAUAAAUUCCCUGGUCUUUCAGUAAUCCUGGAUGGAGGACUCUGGAUUUCCUGUUUAUUCUCUACUGAUCACGGGAAUCCUCCAACCGGGAUUUCGGGAAAACCAGGGAAUGCAUUUAUUGAUCGAAUUUUGCAACCCUACACUCACCACAGUGGAUGUGAUGUACAGACACUAAGCACAAGGUUUUCUACCCAUGUAUAGUUGUGUCAAAACCUAUUAGGAUGCCUAAGUGGUAUAAACACUUCACUUGUGCCUGACACAAUGAAUACUGUUUUCAAAGUCAACAUGAAAAUCAUUAUAAUUCUUGGAAAUAACCUCUUCAUUUUCCCCAGGAUGGGGUAUGUAACAACUCUUAAUUAUUGCAUUUUGUGAACCUGCUCUUCUUGUUUGAAUCAUAUGGAUCCAUAGAUUGAUAUGGAUCCAUAACCAAUUGUGAUGUCUAUUGUACAGACAGAUGGAAUAACUGUCACUUCCUGAUCUUCUGUAAUCUUCAUAAGAACUUAUUUAAGUACUCUUGAGGUCUAGGGGACGAAAACAACAUGUCUUCCCUUAUCACCCAGAAGCUGAACCCAUCGUGGAGAAUCUCUCAGUCUUCGACAUCACCCCAGACAGCUGUAAAGUGGCCUGGUCAGCUGAAGAGGACCUCUUUGAUAGUUUUGUCAUUAUGAUCAAUGAUACUAGCGACGACCUGGCUUCCCAACAAGAGGUGGUUGUGCCCGGGGAAGGAGAGAACAACAGUGCUUACUGA